AUGGCCGACGACGCGGGCCCCGCCGGCGGCGUGUCCGUCAUGCUGCGCAUCCGGCCGCGCAACGCGAAGGAGCAGGAGGGCGACGACUGCUGGAGCUGGAGCGACGACGCCAUCGUCGAGGUGGGCCCGUCGGGCAACAAGCGCUACGCCUACGACCGCUGCUUCGCGCCCGGCGUCGGGAACAAGGAGGUCUACGAGUGCUGCGGCAAGCCCGUCGUCGCCGGCGCCCUCCGGGGCGUCAACGGGACCAUCUUCACGUACGGGCAGACCGGCUCGGGCAAGACGCACAGCAUCCUCGGCGUGCCGAGCGACCCGGGCAUCCUCCAGCGCACGGUCGCCGACAUCUUCGCCGCCGUCGACGAGCGGCCGGACUCGAACUGGACCGUGCGCGUGAGCUACAUGGAGGUCUACAACGAGGAGAUCAACGACCUGCUCGCCGCGGCGGACGGCGACGACAAGCGCCGGGGCAAGAACCUCAAGAUCGUCAGCGACGACCCGGUCAAGGGCGCCGUCAUCGCGGGCCUCUCGGAGACGGCCGUCGAGCACGCGACGGCGCUGCUCGACCGACUUGAAUCACUCUUGUGCUGCCCAGGCGAGAGCGCGCGCGCCUACGGGUCCACGGAGAUGAACGACAAGAGCUCGCGGUCCCACACGAUCUGCAAGCUCUCCAUCGACAGCGAGGAGACCUUCGAGGGCGACGGCGACGACGACCUGAGCCGCCGCGUCGUCAAGCGCGCGGCGUGCCUGAGCCUCGUGGAUCUCGCGGGCAGCGAGCGGCAGAAGUCGACGGGCGCGUCGGGCGCGCGGCUCAAGGAGGGGUCGAACAUCAACCGGAGCCUGCUCACGCUCGGCCGCGUCAUCAUCCCCUACCGCGAGUCCAAGCUCACGCGCAUCCUGAAGCAGUCGCUCGGCGGCAACGCGCGGACGACGAUCCUGUGCACGAUGACGACGGCGCCCGUGCACCUCGACGAGUCGCUGUCGACGCUGCGCUUCGGCCAGCUCUGCAAGCUCAUCAAGAACGCGGCCCAGGAGAACGUGCAGAUGACCGACAAGAUGGUCGCGGCCAGGGCAGCAAAAGAGAGCGACAUGCCCAACUUCAAAGGCUCCUUUCUCGGCCGGUUUCCACUCGUUUCGGCUGAUUUUUGGACGAGCGAUCAUCUCUCGGAACGGUCUCGAAGCGUGGAUGCUAUGUCCGGAAAACGCGCGCGCCAAACACGCACAAUGAAGCGACGUUGA